UUACCUUCUGCUCGAUCGCAGUUAAUCAGUACUUAUCUGACUCGCCCAGUUCUGUUUGAGUAAAAACAUUAUGACACGAUUUUGUAGUGCUUUAUGUUUCGUUCUAAUAAUAACUGUAGUAUUUGAAAUUUUACCUUCACACGCUGAUAAUGCAGUACCCGUAUUACUAUGGGGUGGAUCAGUUAAUUCUGAUUUAGCAACAAGUGCAGUGAAUCCCUUUUUAAAGACUACUAGCGAAGAAUUUGAUCUUUUCUUACGUAAAAAGUUAGAAAAUUCACCACCAGUUCUUCUCUAUGUAAAAGAUAAUUUGUGCAUUGAAGAUUUAGUGAAACACAAACAGCAUCUUCAGAAGGUUACUACAGGCGACUCUUUACAUUAUUUUCCUGCUGUUGAAAAAGCAGCAAGCACUGUUGAAGAUUUACCUUCAUAUAAUCAGACAUACAAUGACUACAUGGAUUCUAUAUCUGAUGGUCAAUUAUUGAUUGUAUCUAUUAGUAAUUUAGAUAUUAUUCCAGAAACUUAUAAGACUAUAAGAGAUUCCAACCCGAAUUUAAUAGCUGUGCUCACAGGGAAAGCAUGUAGUUAUAGACGGUCUGAACGAGUAAAAAGAGACAAUUAUAAAGAAAACGCCUCUGAACCUUUUAUUGUUAUAUCACCUAGAGUGUUAUUGUAUUCUAGUCAAGGUUUAUUAGUAAAGUCUGAAAAUGGGAAAGCUGCAAUAUCACUUCCACUUAACGCUAAUGUUACUGAAGACACCAGAGCAUCCAGUCUAAACUUGCAAUUAGCAUUUCAAGGAACUGAUGCACUUAUAUAUAAACAUGAACUUGUCUUUAUGUUUGAAGUUAGAACUGCAGGAUAUUAUACAUUUAAAACUGCUAAUUAUACAUAUUACACCGGAACAAAUAGUACUAACAAAAAAAGCAAAGAACAGAGUUUAACAACAGACACAGAUAUUGUUUUUCCAUUUAAUUUCUCUUAUCAUUGUUCACAAUAUAUUAUAUUUAAAAAUAAUUUUACACUGUUAAAUAUUACAAAUUUACAAGUACAAAUUGAUCCAAAAUAUGAUAAUACUAGUAGGACAAAAAUAUUUGAUGAUGCAUAUGAUUGUGUUGGUUUUACUACAAUUCCAAUUUGGACAGGAAUAUUUGUUACUAGCAUAUUAGCUUUAAUUAUAAUUUGGGCUCUUACUAUGAUUAUAGAUAUUCGAACAAUGGAUAGAUUUGAUGAUCCUAAAGGAAAAACAAUUACAAUUUCAGCUCAGGAAUAG